AUCUUGGAUCUGAAGGGGGCCUGCUGUCACCACGUGAGGCAUAGGAGCCUGAACUGCAGUGCUUUGGCAAGCAAUAUCUGAACAAUGCCCUCGAUCACCCUACCGCCUAAAGAGAACGCUCUCUUUAAGAGAAUAUUGAGAUGCUACGAGCACAAGCAGUACAGGAACGGCCUCAAAUUCUGCAAACAGAUCUUGUCCAAUCCCAAAUUUGCAGAGCAUGGAGAGACCCUAGCGAUGAAGGGGCUGACCCUCAAUUGUUUGGGGAAGAAGGAGGAUGCCUAUGACCUCGUCAGGCGAGGCCUUCGCAACGACCUGAAGAGCCAUGUGUGUUGGCACGUGUACGGCCUGCUCCAGCGCUCGGACAAGAAGUAUGACGAGGCGAUCAAGUGCUACAGGAACGCCCUCAAGUGGGACAAAGACAACCUGCAGAUCCUCCGAGACUUGUCGCUGCUGCAGAUUCAAAUGAGAGACCUGGAGGGUUACAGGGAGACGCGGUACCAGCUGCUGCAGCUUCGGCCGGCCCAGAGGGCCUCGUGGAUCGGCUACGCCAUCGCCUACCACCUGCUGGAGGACUACGAGAUGGCCUCCAGGAUCGUGGAGGAGUUCCGCAAGACGCAGCAGACGUCUCCAGAUAAGGUGGACUAUGAGUACAGUGAGCUGCUGCUCUACCAGAACCAGGUCCUUAGAGAGGCGGGUCUCUUCAAAGAGGCUCUGGAUCACCUCAGCACCUAUGAGAAGCAGAUCUGUGACAAGCUGGCCGUGGAAGAGUCCAGAGGGGAGCUGCUGCUGAAGCUGGACCGGGCAGUGGAGGCGUGCGAGGUCUACCACCAGUUACAAGAAAGGAACCCGGAGAACUGGAGCUACUACCAGGGCCUGGAGAAAGCACUGAACCCUGAGAACACAGAAGACAAGCUGAAGAUUUAUGAGGACGCGUGGGUGAAAUACCCCAAAGGCCUGGUACCCAGGAGACUGCCACUCAGCUUCCUGACAGGGGAGAAGUUCCUUGAGUGCCUGGACAAAUACCUCCGUAUGAACUUCAGCAAGGGCUGCCCUCCAGUCUUCACAACACUCAAGUCCCUCUACCAUGACAAAGACAAGGUGUCAGUCAUUCAGGAGCUGGUAGUGGGCUACGAGACCUCUUUAAAGAGCUGCCGAAUGUUCAGCCAGAAUGAUAACGGGCGUGAGGAGCCCCCCACCACCCUGCUGUGGGUCCAGUUCUUCCUGGCGCAGCACUACGACUACAUCGGGCAGACCGUGCCCGCCCUGGACUACAUCAACGCCGCCAUCGACAGCACGCCCACACUCAUCGAGCUCUUCGUCAUCAAGGCGAAAAUAUACAAGCAUGCUGGUAACAUUCGGGAGGCGGCCCGCUGGAUGGACGAGGCUCAGGCCCUGGACACAGCUGACCGCUUCAUCAACUCCAAAUGUGCCAAGUACAUGCUGAAGGCUGGCAUGGUCAAGGAGGCCGAGGAGAUGUGCUCCAAGUUCACACGGGAAGGCACAUCGGCGGUGGAGAACCUGAACGAGAUGCAGUGCAUGUGGUUUCAGACGGAAUGUGCGUUCGCCUACCAGGGCAUGAACAAGUACGGCGACGCGCUCAAGAAGUGCCACGAGAUUGAGAGACACUUUGUGGAGAUCACAGACGACCAGUUUGACUUCCACACGUACUGCAUGCGUAAGAUGACGCUGCGCUCGUACGUGGAGCUGCUGAAGCUGGAGGACGUGCUGCGCAUGCACCCCUUCUACUUCAAGGCUGCCCGCACCGCCAUCAACAUCUACCUCAGUCUCCACGACAACCCGCUCGCCGACGACAACAAGGAAUCCCAGACCGAGACAGGAAACCUGACGGACAAGGAGCUGAAGAAGCUUCGGAACAAGCAGAGGAGGGCCCAGAAGAAGGCCCAGCUGGAGGAGGAGAAGAAGAACGCCGAGAAGGAGAAGCAGCUGAAGAACCAGAAGAAGAAGAAAGAGGAAGAUGACGAGGAGAUCGGCGGCCCCAAAGAAGAACUCAUACCCGACAAGCUGGUCAAGACGGAAAGUCCUUUAGAGGAGGCGGUGAAGUUCCUCACCCCCCUGAAGCACCUGGUGAAGGACAAGAUUGAGACACACCUGCUGGCCUUCGAGAUCUACUUCAGGAAAGAAAAGUACCUGCUGAUGCUGCAGUCUGUGAAGAGGGCCUUCUCCAUGGACCCUGAUGACGCGUGGCUUCACCAGUGCCUGGUGCGCUUCUUCAAAGGAGUGUCCAGCAGCAAGAACCUGCCCGAUGCAGUCAAGACGGUUCUGAAUAAAGAGACUGGCCGCUUGUUCGGAGAGCACGAGCCCCAGAGCUACAACAAGAACUUCCUGAGCAAACACAACCACUCGAUACCACACCGGGUGGCAGCUGCUAAGAUGAUGGUGUACCUGGACCCGUCGUCAGAGAAGAUGGCUGUGGAGUUAGCCACCUGUCUGGAUGAAUCGCUCAGUGGCAGGAGUAUCCAGAUCUGCACUGAGGUGCUUCAGGCGUUGCGGGACGGCGGUCUUGGCUCGGAGCAGCAGAAGACGCUGGAGUCGUACCGGGCGUCCUGUCACCAAUUCUACCCCUACGCCCUGGCCUUCAUGCCCCCCGGUCACCACGACAACACCACCCUCACUGCCAACGGCGACCUGUCAUCAGGUGACCACGAUGACAUGUCCAGCGACAUCUGAGCGCGGACGCAAGCAGUGGGCGAGAGAGACGAGGGCUCGUGGAGGGCGGCCAUGUUUCUUUUCCCUCGAGCGACAACAAACCCCACGAGACCACGGCGUGCUUUGCUCCUCCACAUCGCCGAGCCCGAGAGAGCCCUUUUGCCGUGGCAACAGAAAGAAAGAAAGAAAGAAAGAAAGAAAGAAAGAAAGAGAGGGGGAGGGAGAAAGAGGAGAGGGGAAAAAAAAAGGAAAUCACACAUUUUACCCAAUGUUUUUUUUUUUUCAUCUUGCUGAUGACUACUCUUAAACUGAAAAAUAAACAGUGUAUGUAGAAAAAGAGAGAGAACGAGAGAGAACGAGAGAGUGAAAGAGCGCUGCUGGGAGCGGGCAAAGAUGGUGGUGAUGAACUUUGACGUUACACCACCUCGUCCUGACCUGUGCAUCUGCUUCUCAUGUUUUAAAAAAAAAUAAUAAUUUAUAUAUAAAAAAAUAUAUAAUAAAUAAAAAAUGUUUAAACUGGGAAAAUACUGUUGUAACAACAAAAAGUUAUGGUUGACACUUUUUUUUUUUUUGCUUCGAUAGCGUGUGUCAAACCUGACACCGACUAGAUGGAUCUGUCGAAAUGAGAUCAUUUGUUUCUCGUGGGAAACAUCACAAAGAUGCACUCAUGGUCCUUGAGCACAAAGACGUUUUGGAGAAUAGCCACUAGGGGGCGAAACGAUACAGGUCCUUGCGGCUUCAUGAACAGUUCAGGCCAAGAACACGACUGAUAAUCAAAAAGAGAUAUCAAAACAUGUUACCUGAAAUGCAGCAUGAGUUAAAAAAAAAAAUCCUUUUGUUCCUCUUUUAAGUCUUUCUUUCUUUUUGGGUUUUCUUUUUUCUUUUUUUUGUUUUGUUAUGUGAAUGUACAACAAGGAAUGACAAAAGGUCUGAGGAACAGGUAUUGCCAUAGCGACCAGAGUUCUUGAAAUAUGUUUGGGAUUUUCUUUCUUUGCUUGUUUCUUUUCUCAUAUUUUGGAGAGAUUUUCAUCCCAUGUAAGCUUUAUUACACUGUUUCUGAUUUUGUUUUUUUUUCUCCCUUUUUUACCGUUUUGAGGCAGGUGUCUGUUAUCAGCACCUCAGUCAGAACAAAAGGCAACAUGCCCCAUCUGCCCGACACUCUCAAAACAGAGAUAUGAAUGAAUAAAAAUGGAGUGGAAUUCAA